AAAUAAGCGGCGUGGGCUGUCUUCUCAAUGGAAUCAGGUACAACAACGGGGAGAGCUUCCAGCCCAAUUGCAAAUAUAACUGCACCUGCAUCAACGGGGAUGUGGGUUGCAUCCCCCUGUGUACUGACUCCAAGCCACCCCUCGUUUGGUGCCCAAACCCGAAGCAGAUUAAGGUCAAGGGCGAAUGCUGUGAAGAAUGGGCCUGCGACUAUUCAAAGAAACCCAGGAAGACAUCGGCACGACAUAUCUCUUCGGCAGGUAAGCCUGGGAAGAAAUGCUUGGCAGUGUACAGAGAGGAGGCUCCCAUGAACUAUACGCUCUCUGGGUGCACAAGUAAGAUCCGCUACAGGCCCAAGUACUGCGGCCUGUGCCUGGAUGAGCGUUGCUGCAGCCCGUACAAAUCAAAGACCAUUGAAGUCAACUUCCACUGUCCGGAUGGGACUGACUUUUCCAGGAAAAUCAUGUGGAUCAAUGCCUGUUUCUGCAACCUGAGUUGCAAGAACCCCAAUGACAUCUUUGCUGACUUAGCUCAUUUUCACGAUUACUCUGAAAUUGCUAAUUAA